GAAUGUUGAUCGCCUUUCAUUUCUAAGAACUUCAUCUUUUUGUGCUUUUAUCUCUUCAUUCGAUUUGCUUCAUAUAUCAUUAUUUUUUAUCUUGUUGAUGAAUAUAUAUAUUUUUUUCAGUGAUUCUUUAAACCAAAAUGCAUGUGAAUGGAAAAGAAUUAAUAACCACCUCCUUCAAACCUGCGACGAUUGAAGGAAGAAUAAAUUACAGAGUUCUUCAUCCGGGAAAGUCGAAAGGAAAUUUCAAGGAAUUCUGGUUUAAAUUGACAGGCAAUCUUCUUUUUUACUUCGGUUUGAACAAUUUUGGAGGAAUUAAAGGAAAUGAGCCUAUUGGUGUGAUAGUUUUAGAAAAUUGCUCCGUAGCAUUUGAUGAAGAUGGAUCUGGGGUAUUUGCUUUUGUUGUUACUUUCUCUGGUGAUCAAGACAGACAUGUGUUCUCUUGCUUCAGUGUGAAUCAAGCACAGAAUUGGGUCAUAGCCUUGAGGCAAGCCAGUUAUGAACAUUUGAGAAUCCAAGUCAAAAUUUUAGAGAGUAAACUGGAAAGUCUUGGUGGAAAGAGCAUUUUUAAAUGGAGUACCACAGCAGCAUCAUCAAGUAGUACUACACCAAGUAGUGUAUUUAAACAGCCUUCCAAUUCUGCAGUUCCCGCUUUACCUACGCCCCCAGCCAGAAAACGUAUCGGGCCUAAAGCAAAAACAUUUGUGAGUCACAUGUCUGACGAAAAUCCCCUGCCGAUAAAUUCUUUCAUAAGUGAUAACAAACAGCCUGAUCAAGACUUGAUCAAAUGGUGAUUAGUGAUGAAAAAAACAACCGUCCGACUUAAAAAAAACGUGCCAAUCAUAAAGAGAUUUAGAUAGAUUUGUGUAAUUAAUAUUAACAUUCCUCUAUUAAGCAAAUUAAGUUAUGUUCGGCUGAUUUUCGAAAUCUAGUCAUUAAAUAAUGGCUCAAAGAAAAACUGCCUCUCGUUCGUCGCAUUGGUUUGCACUUGUUACAAUUGGCUAUUCCGCUGUAUCACAUUGACAUCGACAGGCAAACUAAUGUCGUUUUUAGAAAUCUUCUUUCUUUUGAAGCUGCGUGGCCGUGAACGUUGAUGGUUAUUUUCUUUUGGUGUGCAGUUACUGAUUCGGUUGCAAAAGCCGGUCAAGAAUGUUUGAAUCAAUUGGUUAUCAACAUUGUACAGAAUAAAUCCUUUUCGUUUAUCCCA